UGGUCUGUGGAAUCCAAACAGAGGGGGAGGAGGCCGGCGGCCAGCAGCAGCGGCAGCGACAGCGGCGUCCGGAACGCUCCCGGCUGCCACCCUCCCCGCCCGCCGCUUGUUUGGGCGGAUUUCAGUAGUUUGGUAAGAUCAAGCGGGUAACCAUGGCUGAAGGUGGAUUUGACCCCUGUGAGUGCGUUUGCUCUCACGAACAUGCGAUGAGAAGACUGAUCAACCUGCUUCGGCAGUCCCAGUCCUACUGCACCGACACAGAGUGUCUCCGGGAGUUGCCUGGCCCCUCCAGUGACAACGGCGUCAGCCUCACUGUGAUCCUGAUGGCCUGGAUGGUGAUUGCAGUGCUCCUGUUCUUACUGAGACCUCCUAAUCUGAGGGGCUCCAGCCUCCCCGGAAAGCCCUCCAGCCCUCACAGUGGACAGGACCCGCCCGCUCCUCCUGUGGACUAACGUGGAUGUGGGAAGCGGAGUGUUAAACAAAGGCUGUGACCGACCAAAUGACUGAAGAUGACCAGAGUACUCUUAACUGUUUUCCUUCCCGUCUGCAGUUUGGGAUGCUAUUGUUUUCAUGAGCUUCUAGAAAUUUCACUUGCAAACUGACUUUUGCUUCCCGUGUUGCCACAGUGCUUAUUUGCAGUAUGCCUGAGUAAAUGAUUCUAUUGGAAAGUUCACAGGACUUCGCUGGUUGGCCUAAGCUUAAACAUUCCACUCCUUGUCCCUGGAACUGUGGUCAGAACGUCUGUGGUGGUUUCUGGCCCAAUUGAAGGAAAGUUGAGAUUUCUGCAUUUACGUAUUUUAAUAGAUUUUCAUUUUUUUCUUAAGGUAUUUAUUUGGGGUUAUCUGGUAUGAAUGACGGAGCCACACUGUAUUUUCUUUUGCUCGGCAGUUUUCUGUAGUUCUCGGGACAGUGAAGCCUUUAGAAUAGUUUCCUUACAACCUCCCGCUGAGAUCUGUGGUGCAGCCGGCCUUGUGGCUGGAGUAGGAAAAGCGAGCUGGUUGUUUACUGAUUCUUUUUUUAAUUCCCACUCAAAGUUUCCGAUGUUAAGAAUACUUUAAAUAAACAUGAUUGAUUACUAGAAUGGUUGGUUUAGAGUCCGUGUGUGUCGCUGACAGCCACUGUACACUAGCCUUACACGCUUAGGAAAGGAAGAGCUGAUUCGCUCUGCCUUUGUCGGAACACUCCAGCCCAUGCUAACAUGGCCUAGACGUAUUGGCUUGUUUUUUUAAGUGAAUGCCUCUCAGCAUUUGCUCUUCCAUCCCAACACUUACCUGUUCAAGUGAAGUCAUCUUACGUCUGUAUGGGGGUUGACAUUUUAACGCCUAUUGACUUACUUUCAUACAUUUUUUAU